UAGAGAGAAGGAAGAGUAUAACAAUACAACAGCAGUAGACAAGAGAGAGAGAGGAUCCCCUUCAGGCCCUGUUUGGAUGCACCAAGAAUCCCUUUUGGGGCUUUGUUAUUGACACAGAAAAGAAAGAAACAAUCAUUGGAGCAGGCCAGCUCUCUCCAGUUUUGUUGUUCGUCAUCCUUAGGAAAAACUAUUCUACACCUCUUUGUUUCUGUGCUUUGAUUUCCUCUGCAGUUGUUGCAUUUCGACUCCUGUAAUCUUGUUUCUCAGCUGCAUCCUCUUCAGAUCUGUCCACCAGUUUUCAUCUCUAGUUUUGUUCUGAUUCAGCCCUCUUUCUCUGCAUAAAAUUCUCGACACAAGUUGUUAUUUUCUUGCUGUUGAUAUUGGGAAAUGGGCACAGGCUGGAGAAGAGCAUUUUGCAAUACGGUUCCUAGGGACAGAAGAGAAGCCGCCGUCGCCGCGCCAUCAGUUGCGGCGGUGGACAAGCAGCAGAGCCCUAAGACGAAGUUCGGAGGAAGCAAUCCCUCCACUCCUCGUUUGCGAUGCAAGACUAUUGUUAAUCAAAACAGUGACAAUCUUGAUCUGGUGAGCCCAAAACUGGAGUGCAAAACCACUCCAAAAUCUCACUCCAAGAGCCCUAGAACUCGUCUUGGCUCCAAUCCAUCGUCUCCCAGAUCCCCUUUCUCCAUCCUCAAGAACACCCUCCGUUUAUCAAGAAAUAGCUGUGGAGUGUGUAUGCAGAGCGUGAAGACAGGUCAAGGAAUGGCAAUCUACACAGCGGAAUGCUCCCACGCUUUCCACUUCCCCUGUAUAGCCUCGCACGUUAAUAAGCGAAGCUCUCUCGUCUGCCCCGUUUGCAAUACCACGUGGAAAGAUGUUCCUCUACUCGCAAUACAUACACAAAACCAGACCCAAAUCAAGCAAAAUCAUGCCCCCCAAGAAGAGGAAAAAAUAGUCCAAAUUGAUUCUAACACUCCCACCAAAACCACCCCUGUUUCCAGCCCCAAAUUUACCAAACAGUUUGAGGUGAAAAGCUAUGCCGAUGAUGAGCCAUUGGUAACUCCCAAAGCUGGUGCGAAGUUCGUUCCUAUUCCCGAAGCUAUUGAAGAUGAAGCGGAGGAGGUUGAGGAGUUCCAGGGAUUUUUCGUGAAUCCAAUUUCGAGCAGCGAUGAUGCGUUUGCGUUUAACAGGGAUUCGAGAAAUGUGGAGGUGAGUUUGUUGCCUGACGCUGCGGUUAUUUCUCAGGGACGCACCCACGACACAUACGCCGUCGUUUUGAAGGUCAAGGCCCCACCUCCGCCGCACGUCCGCGACGCAGCGAAACGUGCGCCGAUUGACUUGGUGACGGUCCUCGAUGUGAGUGGUAGCAUGUGCGGAGCCAAGCUGGAGAUGCUGAAGCGAGCCAUGCGUUUGGUCAUUUCCUCACUCGGCUCCGCUGACCGUCUCUCCAUCCUGGCUUUUUCGGCUACUCCCAAGAGACUCUUGCCAUUGAGGAGGAUGACGCCGAAUGGUCAGCGCACGGCUCGUCGGAUCAUUGAUCGGCUCAGUUGCAGCCAAGGGACUAGCAUGGCUGAAGCUCUGAAGCAAGCCACUAGAGUGCUUGAAGAACGGCGGGAGAGAAACCCAGUUGCUAGCAUAAUACUUCUAUCUGACGGCCAGGACGACGCCGUUCCACCCAACAACGAUGCGAACCAACGGCGCGGGUCAUCCCACGUCUCCUCGACCCGAUUCGCCCACGUCGAGAUACCCGUACAUUCCUCCGGCUUUGGCCGCGAGCCAGCUGAGGACGCCUUCUCGAAAUGCGUGGGAGGGUUGUUGAGCGUGGUCGUUCAGGACUUGAGAGUCCAGCUCGGCUUCGGAUCCGGGUCCGAUCCGGCUGAGAUCACGGCCGUCUAUUCGUGCAACGAACGGCCGACGGUGCUCGGGUCGGGCUGUAUCCGGCUUGGUGAUCUAUACGCUGAGGAAGAAAAAGAACUAUUCAUUGAAAUCCGGGUUCCCGCUUCACGGGUCGGGUCACACCAUGUCCUUUCGGUCAAAUGUUGUUACAAGGACCCGGCCACUCAAGAGCUGAUCUACGGUAGGGAUCAGGCGCUGCUGGUGCCAAGGCCCCAGACAAUCCAAUCCGGAUCGCCGAGGAUCGAACGGCUGAGGAAUGCUUUCAUCAGCAGCCGAGCCGUCGCCGAGUCGCGGCGAUUAACCGAGCAUAACGAGGUGUCCAGCGCCAUGCAGCUGUUGUCAUCGGCUCGAGCGUUGUUGCUGCAGUCGAGGUCAGAGUCGGCUGGUGAGUAUAUCAGGGGCUUGGAGGCUGAGCUGGCGGAGGUGCAGUGGCGGAUACAGUACCAGCAGCAGCUGAUGGUGCGGCGGAGGACGGAGGAGAGAGAUACGGGGGUGUUCGUGGAUGAGAAUGGGGAGCCGCUGACGCCGACGUCGGCUUGGAGGGCGGCUGAGAAGCUGGCUAAAGUGGCUCACAUGAAGAAAUCUUUGAACAGAGUCAGCGAUCUGCACGGCUUCGAAAACGCUAGAUUUUAGCUGCCUUUUCCAUUUUCCUAUUUUUGUUUUAGAAAAUUAAAAAAAAGAAAAAAGGAUACAAAAAGAAUAUAAAGAAAAGGCAGAUUGGGCCCGGCCCGACUCUUUGGUGCAUUGCUGGAACAUAUCUUCUCUUGUUUUUUCAUUUUUACACAUUAGUUAAAAGAAAAUAGAGUAAUUUUUUUCUCAGGUUAAAAUGUAUUACUACUUGUUAUAUAUAUUUGUAAAAUUUGUAGUACUACUAGUUUGACUUUAUAUCAGGAAUGGCAACGAGGCAAGUAAAUCAGCAAGUUUGGGUUUA